CGAAGCGUAGUCCUUUCCCCCCGGUUGAGCCAUCAGCUGCUGGACGACGACUGCCAGACUUUGGACAAAGUUUCUUUUCUGGUCCUCCGCCGCCUAUCGACGAUGGCUCCCAGCGCGCAGCUCAAAGAGGCGAUGGCCGAUGUACACGACGGCAUCCGAGCCAUCCUGCUCGGGCCGCCCGGUGCUGGGAAGGGGACUCAGGCCCAUCGACUCGCCGAGCGCUAUUGUGUGUGUCACCUAUCCACAGGAGACAUGCUGAGGGCCAUGGUGGCGUCGGGUUCGGAGCUUGGCAAGAAGCUCAAGCAGACGAUGGACGCCGGAAAGUUGGUAAGUGAUGAGAUGGUGGUGGAGCUCAUCGAGAAUAACCUGGAUACACCGCCUUGUAGGAAAGGUUUCUUAUUGGAUGGAUUCCCCCGGACUGUCAAACAAGCUGAGUUGCUCGACGAGCUGCUUGACAAGCGACGCGAGCAGCUGGAUUCGGUCGUCGAGUUUGCUGUCGACGAUUCCUUGCUGGUACGCAGGAUUUGCGGCAGACUAUUUCAUCAGCCCAGCGGCCGCUCCUACCAUGAGGAGUUCAACCCACCCAAAGAGGCGAUGAAAGAUGACGUGACCGGCGAGCCCUUGAUCCGCCGCAGUGAUGACAACGAGACGGCGCUGCGCACUCGCUUGGACGCGUACCACCGCCAGACGGCACCUCUGGUCCAAUACUACAGCGCCAAGGGUCUCCACGCCGCCGUGGACGCCAGCAAGACCCCCGAUGUGGUCUUCGCAUCCAUCAUGGCCGUGUUCACCACCGCCCAAGCUUCCCUGACCCGCGCCGCUGCCUCCUCUUGAAUCCCAGGGAUGCUUCUACAUCAAGGAUUGGAGGACCGCUGGGACAGACAGAUGGAAUGGUGGUUGUUUGGCAGAAAGAAUAGAAAUCCUCCCGGUGAGGGGGCUUUGAAGCCGGGUUUCAUUUGCGGCGGAUUCUGAGCGAGGCAAGCAGCUUCUUGAUCAUUCUCUUUGCUUGGUCUUCCAUUAAACGUCAGAUUUUUUUUUCUA